CUUUCACACACGUUAUCUUGCUUCAGCGGUUUCAUUAUGCUUUCAGUUAUAAUUAAAUACGGAACAUUCUCGAGGGAUGUCAUGUUGGAAGCACUGCAUAACUAAAUUGUUCUGGGGAGCAUGGUGUCAUAAGGUGGCGUUGUACAGACAAAAGGUCAGAGUUGCAUUGACAUGACUUUGUAUUAGUUCUUGGUCUUUCUCUUUUUAGGCGGUUGGAACAAAAUGCCAUCUCGCAUCUUGAUCCUGAUGUAUUCAGUGGACUGACAUCACUGAGAAGUUUGAAGCUGCUCGAAAACAAACUCGAAAGGGGAAACCGUAGCUCACUGAAAGACCUCAAUACAUUAGAAGAGUUGAACCUCAGUUUUAAUCCGAUUAGUUUCAUUGAGAGGGGGUCAUUCGACAAUAUGACUCGACUUCGUGAACUUCACCUUGUUGAACUUCAGAUAAAACAACUUCACUUGGACACAUUUACUGGGUUACCAUCCUUAGAGAAACUAUCUACCGAUGACUAUCGUUUGUGCUGUCUGUUCAAGAACAUCACCUGUUCUGUCAUCAACCCGACGCCUCUGGACUCCUGCUCUCGUUUGACGCACAACGAUGUCCUCAGCGUAGCAGUGUGGCUCAUUGGAUUUGGAGCGCUCUUCGGCAACUUUGUUGUCAUAUUCGUUCGCUAUAGAGAGGAGAGGCACGGCAGAAACUACGUACAAAGGCUGUUCGUCACCAACUUGGCCUUUGCUGAUUUUCUGAUGGGUGUGUACAUGGUGACAAUUGCUUCUGUUGAUAUUUUUUACGGCAAGUGGUACUUCCUUUCGGCACCAAUCUGGCGUGAGUCUCAGCUCUGCCGAUGGGCAGGGUUUGUGGCCUUGCUUUCAAGUGAAAGCUCUGUCUUCUUGCUUGCUCUCAUCACCGUAGAUCGCUUCAUCUGCAUCAUAUUUCCCUUCGGAACAGUCCGUUUCCGGUCUACAUCAGCUCGGAUGGGAGUUGGAAUGGUGUGGAGUCUAUCAUUUACUCUCAGCCUGGCGCCACUCCUCACUGGCCUGUACAAUUCGGACUUCUAUGGUCUCUCAGAUGUGUGCGUUGGGUUACCUUUCAAUACAUACACAGAAAGAAAGGGCCGCAUCGUCUACUCAUCACGCGACAACAUUUACCAGUUCAUCGCUGAUGAGGAGACCGAACAACGUCCUUACUGGCUGUACUCUAUCGCUCUUUUCCUAGGUGUUAAUUUCAUUCUUCUAAUCCUCAUCUUCUUUUGCUACUUGUUGAUCUUUCUCCAAGUACGAAGGUCGGCCAAGAUCACUGGAUCAGAGAGAAUGAAGCGAGAGAUGCGCAUGACCAUUAAGAUGGCGCUGAUCGUCGGUACCGAUUUUUGUUGUUGGAUGCCAGUCAUCAUCAUGGGAAUCUUGUCUCAGACAGGACUGAUCGACCUACCGGUAUCCCUGUAUGCAUGGGUGGUGGUUUUUGUCUUACCGAUUAACUCCACUGUAAACCCAUACCUGUAUUCAUUGGUCGCUCUGUGCUCGCACAGGAAGAAGGAUGAUUUUCCGAUGACAGGGCUCAGUGUGAACGCUAUAUCAAAAAUUCAUCACUAAGUUUUAGGAUAUCUUCUAUAGGAAAUCAGAUACUUGUCGACUGAUAUUAAGUAAGAUUGGCAACAUUAGAUAACGGGACACAUCAAUAACAUAAUGAGCUUCAGUCAUAUUACAGACAAGACCUCUAUUUAGUGUUUAGAGGAUGGAUAUACAUGCCCACCUGUAUCUUCAAUGAAUAAGCUAAGAACUGACUGUAUUUGUUCGACAAUGAUGAGCAAUCGCAAGGA